CCGAAAAUCGGGGAGCGGCAGAGGGAAAGCAAGGAGGGAGAAGGGACUAGUGCGGUUGGGGAAGGGGGUAGCUCCGAAGGUGGGCUCAAGAAGAUAGUCACCACCCUCACCCGGGCACUGAACAAAAACCAGGGGUACCUCGCAAAUGCGAAGAAGAAACUCACGUUAGACGGGGCAAACAUAAUGGAGUUUCUGAUAGACUAUGAGAACCUAGCAGCCUUAUUGAAAUGGACGGAAGAGGAAAAGAUGGAGUACCUAGGGCAGCACGUGUCGCUAAGCUUGGGAAGGGACAUUAUGGCCAUCGUCGCCUCCAGUGGAUCCUGGAAAGAAAAUAGGAAUGAGAUGAUGAGGAAAUAUCUGAAGGCAGAAAAAAUGGCAACAGAGGCCGAAUUAGCCGCAGUCCAGAGGAAAAACUAUGCGACUUACAACGAUUUCCUAAGGGCAUUUACGUUACUGGCGUUGCGAAUUCCCGGGGUAACAGACCGCAUAAUGAGUAAAUACUUCCUCAGGCAGUUCUCCGAGUUUGAUAAGGAUAAGAUUUUGUCAGCAUACCAGCAGACCAGUAAGUUCGAGUACACGAGAGAUGUGGACUUCAGCACCGUAACAGACCUUGCGGAAAAGACAGUGGUCACCGAGACACUAGCCCUGCUUAAGGAAGGGGAGGUCAUAGAUUUGAUCGGGAAGACAGGGGAUAAGGUCAAGAAGGGGAUAGAGAGCCUGCACGAACGGGUGCACGGGGUUGACAGCAAGAUGGACAGAAUGGAAAAUGCGUUGUUAGUAAUGCAAGCGCAAGUGUCCAGACCCGCCCUCCCGCCCCAAGAGGCCGUGGUUCCGGUAGCUGUAGCAAUCCGGAGGUUUGGCAGGAGGGACCCGACCAACGAACAAUGCAAAUAUUGCACCAUGAUCGGGCAUUUCGUACGGGUCUGUCCGAGACUCAACCACGAUAUCGAGCGGCAGAGGUGCAAAAUCGAUGGCACCUUGAGUAAGCUACUGGGUACCAUGGUAUCGGUGUCUUUUCAGACCAUGCUGCAAGCCAGCCCGAGGCUGCUUAAAGGACUCGGGCAGUUACUAAGGCGUAAGCGCGUAGAGGUAGAGGAGGCCCCGAAACUGCAAGAGCAGGACACGGAAGAGGCCGAGGCGACGCAAGGAGUCUCCAACCUCCAAAGCAUUCCAGAGGGCCUGGGAGAUUUGGAGAAAGCCUUUGCGGACAUCCGCCUAAGCUUACCGGAUCGUGAAGGUGGCGAAGUCAUGAGGGCGCCACCCAGGACAAAGCUUAGCUUUCAUGCAUUACUAGUUGGGAAACUUAAAGUUCAAAUCGGAACUCACCACACUGACGCGUUAGUGGACGGUGGAGCAGAAAUCACCCUCAUACGACGAGAUUUCGCAACGGUCACGCGGUGUACGGUAAACAAGGAAGUUGCGGGGAGUAUCUGGGGAGUCGGUGGCGAAAUUCCUUUCACAGGGAAGCCCAACAAGACGCUUAGGCAGAUCCAGGACUUGCAGAAGCUAAAUGCGGUAACAAUUAGGGACGCAGGCUCGCUUUCACAGGCCGACUUAUUGGCAGAAUCUCAUGCAGGGCGGAGCAUUUACUCCCUGGUAGACUUGUACUCAGGAUAUGAUCAGUUGCCGUUCGACGCGAGGGAUAGACUGUACACCGCAAUGCAUACCCCCGCAGGACAGCUGCAGAUGCAAGUGACCUCUAUGGGCUUCACAAAUGCGGUAGCAGAAGCGCAGAGGAGGAUGCUCGCCGUUGCAGGAGAUAUGUUUUCGGAAAAGUGUGAACCUUAUAUAGAUGAUAAUCCUGUAAAAGGUGCAAGAUACAAGGACGAGGCGGAGGUCCAACCGGGCGUACGGAAGUUUGUUUGGGAUCACUUGCAGGAUAUUAAGGACCUGCCCCAGCGAUUCCUAGUUUACAAUAUUACUGCAAGCGGACCCAAGAACAUCCUGGCUGUCCCGGAAACAUACCUGUUCGGAAGGCGAUUCAUCCUAAGGAUCGAUCCCACCAACGUUGCUGGGGCCCUAAAGAACUACAAGCCUAUAGAUCCGACUGUUGGCAGAUGGAUAGGCUUCAUAUGGAAAUUCGACUAUAAGGUCGAGCGAAUUGUAGGGCUUCGAAAUAGGGCAGAUGGGCUGAGCAGGGUAUGUAUCACGCCAGAAGGAAUAGAGGACAAGGAACCAAUCGAUGCUUUCCUGGAGUAUGAAGGAGGGACCCUUGUGGUGGAUAAUGAGAUGGCAGAUCCAACAAUUACAACAGGUCAGUUACUGAUUCAGACCUUGGAAAAAGGCGGGCCUCCAGUAGUUGCAGAACUCAGGGAAGGACCAGCCACCACGGUCAGGCGUAAAGAGGAGAAGGACUCGUGGGGAGCAGAAGUAGGGGCCAGGGAAGAGUUGAUGGCGAUGGUCGUGGAAGGGGGACGGGACGCCGUAAUGAUGUUGGCCGAAACCUGGGCGCAGAAGGAGUGUCAGUACGUAGUCAACCUCACUCGGGAGGAGCAGGCUACGGAUCAGAACAAACAUGAAUUCUUUCUCAUACAGAUGUCUGAGGGCGUCUUCAAAAAAAUCGGUCUGCUGCUUGUAGGGAACAAACAAUCCACGAAAGUCAGUCCCAAGGCAAGGGAGGAAGUAGAAAAGCCGGAAGAGGGACAUUCGUCAAGGCAAGCUGAAGAGUCAAGCUCCAGAAAAAAGAAGUUGUAUGUGGGGUUCGAUCACAACCUAGUUGUGAGCAGGGGGGGCAGAAACCAAGGAACCAGGGGGACAUCGCCACUAAGGGAAGGGGAGCCAAUAGUCCUCCCAUCGAAAAGUGACACCAGCAGUGAGGAAGAGAGGAACCCGGGGAAAAGACCAAGGUUGGAGGAGGACGUGCCCGUGGAGUUUAUCGACCUCACCAGCGACGAGGAGGAAGAUGAGGUAACAACGCCCACAAGGGAAGAACGGGGAAGAGGGGAGCAUCCGGGUGAGAAAAAUGACAAAUGGAUAGAGGAGUUCGGACCUGAGUUCAACGAUUGGUUUGAUCAAUGGGGCACUAUCUUGCGAUUUCAGUGGAUUAUGAAGGCAAGGGAAAAGUUGGGCAGGGGGGAGGAUCUAUCCCCAACAACCUUCUUCACAGAACGGACACUCCUCCAGUUCCAAGGAAUAAAGAGGCAAAUGGAGCAGGAAAUGGAGGAUCGCGCAAGGAGGGAGGCUCAACGCAGGCCACUUGGACGAUAGAGGCACAACAGCCGUAAUGAGGAGCAGCUAGGAGUUGGGAGGGUUUGGUCCAUGGGCAGUCAGAGCUGCCAUUUUGGACUUCGCAUUUGAACUCUUUUGUGAAUAAAUUUUCUAAGCUCGA